AUGUCGCAACCCGACCGCCUCCCACUAGACCAACAGAUGCUCCGCGGCGCAGGGAUCUGGCAAGCCAUCAUCGCGCUCCCAAUAUGCCUGUGGCUCGGCUUCGAAGCCUUUGACACCUUCUUGGAACCGUGGCACAAUGCUGGAAUCUACUAUUUCCUCCGCAACAGCACCACUGCUGUGCUGGCAGCGGGGAUCAUUUUCUGCGUCUACGUGCAGCGCAAAGCCGCAAUCUCGCCGUACCAGUACGUGCUUUUCGAGACGGCAAAAUCGGUCUUGGCGACUGCGUUGUGGCUCUGGUUCAUUCUCGAUGCGGCGUUUGGGCCGUGGGUAGCGCACUGCAGGGAGUAUGAGUGGAGGGGGCCGUGUCAUGUGGGGGCGAGGGUGAGCCGCGCGGCGCUGGCGAGUAUCGUGCUUUUUGUGGUUUACUACCCGACGCUUGGGUAUUCGUACUGGGCGUGGAACAGGGUGUCAGAGAAGGAUGAGGAAGACGACGAGGAGCGUGUUGAGCGAAGUGAAGUGACUGACAGAUCGCCUUUGCUGGGUUGA